AGUUACAUUAGUAGUUUUUCAUUAGGUCUUUUUUAGGUUAGAAAAGAUUGCAUUUAAUUUGUAUUAGAAAUAAUUAUUGUAUUUGUGCAAUGAUAUGUUGUAUGUUCUUGGCUUAGGGCUAUGAAGGAUCUAUGGAAUAGGUUUAUUCUUUUAAUUUCUGUGCCUAUGCUCAGAUGUGAUCCACAUUCCUAGGGUCUGGGACGGGAAUGGUGGUGUGAAACCGGUAUCAUGAGGUUUAGGGUGCAUAAAAUGCAAUUGAGUGUGUUGUGUAGACAUGUACUUUUCGGGAUGCAUGAAUGUUGAGCAUUAUCAUUCCGUAAGAAUAUCGGAAUACUCGUCUGAAAGAAUUCUUUACGCCAAAUAAAUAGUGAAAAAAGUUGAAGGAAGCGAUGAUCUUAAGACGAGUCACUGCCUGUUGUAUUCUCUAUUGCGUUUUAAACGAGUGUAGAAGAUUUUUUGAAUUAAGAGUUGUAUGUAAGAGUUUCUGAAAGAUAUUAAUAGUACUAAAUGUUUGAAAGAUUUAAGCAGUAAGUCGAAUUGACGUUGGAAAUGUUGACCCCAUAGCCUGCAGUGUUCAAUUUUUGUUUUUUAAGUAGCUCGGGGAAUUAUAUAUCAAAUUUUAUUAAUUUCAUACAAAUGUAUGGCUAUUUUUUGCUGAUCAAUGAAAGUACAUGCGUCUUGUUGAUCGUAACAAACCCAGAAAAUAACCUCAAAAAUCGUUUAAGUACAACCCUUACGUUUUCUGAAGUGAAAGCAGUUAUUACAGUAAAUAUGAAAAGCAUAUUGGAGAGACUGUGCCAAAGGGCACUUUGUUUAAUGCAGUGAAAUACCUCGUUCAGUGUUGUCAUCAACAUUCAGUCUAGUGUGGAAGUAUUAGACCUUUACAAUUUCAGCUGAAGUUACUAUUACUUCUUGUGUGUGAAUAUAUUAUUUUAAAUAAGUGUUUUGAUAUAUCUAAGUUCAACCAGUUGAAUACAGAUUGCACAUUCCAAUUGCCUGUUACAACUGCCGUUGAAAGUCAUUUAUGAAUUGGAAGUUUGUGCAGGAAAGGAUGUGGUUCCUGUUUAUUUAGUGCCUUAUGUGAAAACUGCGCAUUUAAGAUACUGUGUGGAGAAAUUUGUAUGCUCCAUACAAUGUACAUCAAGUAAUGUUUCUGUAAGCCAAUGAUGUCAAAUGAAGAGCAUUUAUCAUCUGAUGUGACAUGUGCUGAGGACUACAGGGCAGGUGUUGUGCACGUGAACAUAAAGCAAGAACCCCACGUCGAAGACGAGUAUCAGCACCCACAGGCAGACCCACUUGUAACACCACAGGAAGUCCACAGAGUUGCUGCAUUUGAUAAUAUUCAACAAACAUGUGAUAGUAUUGAAAAGCACAGUGAGGUCCAUGGACACCUUCUUGAACCUGAAGUGAUCAUAAAUGUUAAACAGGAGUCUCAGUGCAGUCAGAAUUUCUUUCAGCAUGUGGGUUCUGAUGAAUCUCUUCAGAAGACAUCAAGUUUAACAGGUGAAAGCAGUGGCAACACACCUAAUAUUGCCACUGUACAGAAGGAGACAACAACAAAGAAAAAGAAGAAAUCAAAAUUACCAGUGGAGAAGAACUAUAUAUGUACUGUAUGUAACAAAGCAUUUGCUCUACCAUACCUCUUGAGGAAACACAGUACUAUACAUUCAGGAGUGAAACCUUAUGAAUGUGCAGUGUGCAAGAAGCAUUUUCUGCAAAAAGCUCAUCUUGACAGACACCAAGUUGUGCACACAGGUGAGCGACACCACUGCAGUGUGUGUAGCAAGUCGUUCUCGCAGCUCAGUACCAUGCAUCAGCAUAUGAGGUUACACACUGGUGAACAAGUUCACCAGUGUCCUGACUGUCACAAAUUUUUCCCUGUUAAAGCGAAACUAGACCAACAUUCGAUAGUACACACAGGACAGAAAAUAUAUCAGUGCACAUUGUGCAAGAAGUUGUUUAAGUAUAAGGUUGCUCUUGACCGACACAUAAAAAUGCACAACAGAGACGGACACCUGUGCUCCAUCUGUAACAAAGUAUUUGCUACACAGAGUCACUUGGAACGACAUGUUAGGGUACAUACUGGUGAAAAACCAUUCAAUUGUGAAGUUUGUGGGAGAGCCUUCAGUAGUAAGUACAAUUACCAACAACAUCUUGUAGUUCAUAGUGGUGAAAAACCAUUCAUUUGUAACAUAUGCAACAAAGCUUAUACAAAACGUAGCAAAUUGAAGAAUCACAUUCAUGUUCAUCAUACUGAGAAAACUUAUGCAUGUCCAUUUUGUCAGCUGAAGUUCCCUUCACAGUUAUCACUUGAGCGUCAUGUGUUGAUUUUACAUAACUUAGGAGAUCCUGCUAAAUUCAGGAAUUUACCACCAGAUGUUGAUGAAGUGGGAAGCAGCAAUGUGGUAAAUUAUUCCUCCGGAAAUGUAAGAAAAUCAGUAUAGUUUAAGUAGAAUUCUUAUUAAAGCAUUGCAGAAAGUUAGUAGAUAACGUAUAUAAAAUGUCUUUAAUAUAUUUUAAAUUGAAGUUGUGAAUCUGAGUACAAUACAACCAAAUAAUUUUGUGUCCACAGUCUUACUGUCAGGUGACAUUGGUCUGUAUAUUGUUCUGGAAUUUCUUUCAGUGUAUAGAAUCCUUCAUGUUAACAUCCUGAUGAAAGAAAACAAACAUGCUGGUGGAAACUCUUAUGGGUUCCUGUAGCAUCUUUAAAACGAAUACGUUCUGAUAUUUUAAACUGUUCUAUGUUUAUCAUCAGGAAUAUAACAGUUACAUCUACUUUGAGUGGUUACGCAUUGAUUUCCAUGUUUGUUCUUGUUGUAGAAUAUCAUUCAUAACCCACAACUUUGGAACAGUUCUUCAUUUAAAACUUUAAACUCCCUUCAUUAUCUGGGGAAAUUUUGACAGAUCUUACAUUGUGUAACCAUAAUUAACCCUCUGAAGCCAAAGCUCAUCUAAAUAAUAUUUAAGAAUACAGUCUGUAUUGCAAAAAAAACACAAUACUUCACCAUUACAAAGGAUCAAUUUGUAAUUUUUUUAUUGUCUAUGGUCAACUUGACCAUCGUGACCCUGAAAAAAAUUGACAGUGGAAC